AUGACGGCCGGACUCAAGACGAUCAUCGCGCUUUCAUUUGUGCUUGCCAUUGGUUUCCUUCUCGUCAUCCUCUCUUCCGCCCUGUGGCACAACUACCUGCCACUGAUUGUCGUCGCAACUUACGUUGUCGCGCCCCUCCCCAACUGGAUUUGCUCGCGAUGUGCCAACCCGGACGAUUUUAUGGAUAGCUCUGGCAACGCGGCAGCGGAUUUUGGCCGCUUCCUUACGGGCUUCCUUGUGUUGAUGGGCAUUGCUCUGCCCGCCGUCUUGGCCCACAGCGGAGCUAUCGAGGUCCCCGCGAUGAUCAUGUCGAUUCUUGGAGGACUUUUGAUCUAUGGCACUAUCAUUAGUUUUUCGAUGUUUUUCCAGGAGCAGGAGGAAUUCUAA